CUAUGUGAAUGGUGUUCGUACUUCGUACUCAGUAAUCGCGGAUACUUUGCCGUUUGACAACGUCGAAUUGUAUGACAAGCGCGUCUUAUCACGAUAAUCGAAUCAUUAUUCUCUUAACCUUGUUGCUGUCAAGGAUAUUCAGUCAAAUACUUCCUGUAUUUGAAUUCAGAGUAACACAAAUACAGUUUGAAUUAUACUGCAACAGUUGAUUUUUACUUCUUUGUUUACUAAUAUCGAACACAAGGUUAUUUAAGAACGAAAGUGCAAGUGAGUUAAAAAUAAAUUGUAAUGCCAUGAGGUAUCAAGAAGUGAUGGCAAAUGGAACGUCAGAUAUUCCCGGUAUGAGUAAUGGCUCUUCUUACGGAAAAGGAGAUAGAUAUACUGCGGCUCCUAACGAGAUCUUUGUGAACAGAUCUCUUCAUUUAGAAAAUGUAAAGUUUUAUGGCUUUGAUAUGGAUUAUACUCUGGCUGAGUAUAAAUCGCCGCAGUAUGAGACAUUAGGAUUCAAUCUUACCAAAGAAAGGCUAGUACAUAAGGGAUAUCCGCAAGAAAUUUUGGAAUUUGAAUAUGACCCCUCGUUUCCUGUUAGAGGUUUGUGGUUCGAUACCUUGUAUGGAAAUUUGUUAAAAGUCGACGCGUACGGUAAUAUUCUUGUAUGCGUGCACGGAUUUGAAUUUUUGAAACAUUCACAAGUAUACGAAUUGUACCCAAAUAAGUUCUUAACGUUGGACGAGUCUAGAGUGUAUGUGUUAAACACGUUAUUCAAUUUGCCGGAAACAUAUUUGAUUGCUUGUCUGAUUGACUUCUUCACAAACUCACCUCAGUACGCAAGGGAAAAAACUGGAGUAAGAUGCGAAGAUUUAGCUAUGUCAUUCAAAUCGAUAUUCCAAGAUGUCAGAAAUGCGGUAGACUAUGUUCACAUUCAUGGGGACUUGAAGAAGAAUACCAUAGAAAAUCUAGAUCUGUAUUUGAAGAAAGACAAGAGGCUCCCAACUUUCCUUUCAAGGAUAAGAGAUAGCGGUGCGAAGUUAUUCAUUCUCACGAACAGUGACUACAAUUUUACAGACAAAAUCAUGAACUAUUUGUUCGAUUUCCCUCAUGGCGCUAAGCCCGGCGAUCCUCACAGGAAUUGGAAGACCUACUUUGACUGGAUCGUGGUAGAUGCGAAGAAGCCCCUAUUCUUCGGCGAGGGCACAACUCUUCGGCAAGUGGACACUCGUACCGGGGCACUCAAAAUGGGUCACCAUGUUGGACCUCUGCAUGAGGGUCUUGUGUAUUCUGGAGGAUCCUGUGACGUAUUCACGGAACUGAUUAGCGCCAAGGGAAAAGACGUAUUGUACAUCGGUGACCACAUAUUCGGAGACAUCUUGAAGUCCAAGAAGAUUGGUGGAUGGCGUACAUUCCUCAUAGUUCCAGAGUUAGUCCAAGAGCUUCAUGUUUGGACAGACAAGUGCCAAUUGUUUGCUCAACUCCAAAAUUUGGAUAUACAACUCGGAGAUAUGUACAAAGAUCUCGAUUCGAGUACAAAAGAGAAGCCAGAUAUAUCAAAAUUGCGUGCGGCCAUUCGUGACGUCACACACAAGAUGGAUCUUGCUUAUGGUAUGCUCGGGUCGCUCUUCCGCUCCGGGUCUAGACAGACUUUCUUCUCGUCACAGGUGGUGAGGUACGCAGACCUGUAUGCAGCAUCAUUCCUUAACCUGAUGUACUAUCCCUUCUGCUACAUGUUCCGUGCCCCGGCUAUGCUCAUGCCCCACGAGUCUACAGUCGCACACGAACAACGAUUCACCGUUGAUACGCCCACUAUUGACAGAUCGAGACAGGCAUACGCCCAACGCGCUCUCAGCGCUACUUGCGUGGCCGAGAUUUCCUCUGAUGAAGCUGCUGGAUCACAGGAUACGGACAGCAAGAACUCAACAGUACCCCAUGUCCGUCCAGAGACGCCCCGGCAACUGACACACACACACGACGAAGAUUGUUCUGACGAUGAAGAUGUUUCUAAGGGGUCACACAAAUAAAACAAGGUACAAUAGUCGACCGACGCAGAGACACUGGCCUGGUUUACGUUAUGAAUAUAAUUGUUUCCCUUUAAACCUUUAUGUUUAAUGUAUAAAAAUUUAAAUAUUAACAAUUUUAGACAUCUAAUUUGUGGAGUCCUAAAGGAUCAUUUUUAGUGACAAAAUGUUUAUUAUUAUAACCAAUACGACGUAUUCACCAAUUUACACUGGACCGUAAUUAGGCCCCUUAUUGCCCGAUUUUAGUCGCUGGAUGGGUGUUCGAUAGCGCUUAAUCAAGCACUUUAAUAGUAAUAAACGUUUUCUCAAACUGAGCUUUGUUAUCAUAGGAAUAGUUUUAAGCGCUAGAUUGGCGCAAAUAAGGGUCAUGUUUAAAGCGCUUCGAGCGUCCCCAUUGCUAUCAAGAGUCGACAUUUGCAAGGUUCCCAAUUCCCUCGCUAUACCGGAUAUUUGUGGCUGAUCAAGAUUAAAAGGAAAUUGUGGCAGCAUUUUUUGGCUUUUAACAAUUAGUUAUAGUAUGUUUUGUUGGACAAUGGCUUAUUCAUUCUACUUUUCUAACAAUUAAGUUUACGAACAACAAGUUUUUUUAAAGUUGAAAAUUUACCAGUAAAGCACAAGUUUGAAAUUUAAAAAAAGCGUUUCUAGUGGAAUUUAUAAGUCAUUGUAUGUUGUGUUUUGUAAGAUUUAUGUUAAUAAUAAAUUUUAUUUUUUGUUGUGUAAUAUUCACAAUUGGUAUAAUUGUUAAGGUAAGUUCGAAUGUCAAUUUAUUACAAUAUUAAAAUAUAUAUAAUUAUACAGUUAUCAGUCCUUAUAGUCACAUACUACAUAAAAAAUUAAAUCUAAAUUCAGCGACUUGAUGUUGUUUCUCUCUAUAUAUUACCUUGUAAAAGACAGAGACAGCUACGUCAUUGCUCUUUGAGUUCUUACGGCUUUGAAAAGGGACUUCUUCAAUUACUGUACGCACAUGAAUAAUCUCUGAUAAUAAUUAUUGUUAUUAGGUAGAGUUAAAUGUAGCUAUAGGUGACACUAAGUGUAAAGUGGAGUCUAAAUUAAAAAGAAAAACUAUUUUUACAUCCUAAUUUAAAUAUUUCCAAUGAAUGUCCUUUCAAAUUUUUGCGGGUGUCAAGCGAACCUCAAAUAAACGAUGUAAUUGAAAAAUAAAUCCGAAGUUAAUAGUCAACAUAUGUUUUAAAUCAAAGAGGUGACUAUAAUGGCAAUAUAUUUUCCAUGUGUAACGUAAUGCUUGCGAUCUCUAGUUUAUUAAUAGAAAAGACUAAGGGAGGCGAGUGUCAAACCCAAUACAACUUAAUCUUUGUUUUAUUUCUGAAUCUAUAUAUAUAAAUCUCUAGGAAAAAGGAGCUUUUUCAACUAUUGGUAUUUAAUUCGAAGAUAAAAAAUGCUUUUGUUUCCAUAGAGUUAUUUUGUUCUAGCCAGUCUAGACUCCACUUAAAAUUGACUGAGCUGCACAUAUUAAUUGUUAUUUGUGAUUAGAUACGUAUUGUCCCUAACUAUUGAUUACAAGUAUGUGAUUAUUACUAGUGAUUUUAAUAUAUUUUUAAAUUACCAGAGUAAAAUUGAACACAAUAAAUAGAAUGAAUCAUA